AAUGGAGAAAAGUCUGCACCACCAGGUGAAAUUGAUUGCCCUCCAGGAUGGCAGUGGGAAAGUGAUGCCUGGUCAUAUGACAUUAACAGAGCUGUGGAUGAAAAAGGAUGGGAGUAUGGUUUUGUAAUUCCUCCGGAUACUAAACCAAAAUCUUGGUCUGCUGCCGAAAAAAUGUAUCACACACACCGAAGACGAAGGCUGAUGCGACAGCGGAAGAAAGAUCCAAAAGCUGCAGCUGAUGUAAAGGGAAGACCUCCUGGUCAGGAUCCUGAAGGGUGGGAGUAUGCUGCUUUGAUAGGCUGGAAGUUCCACAUCAAACAGCGCAGCUCUGAUACUUUUCGCCGUAGACGAUGGAGGAGGAAAAUGGCACCAUCUGAUCGUAUUGGUUCAGCUGCAAUCUUUAAACUCGAGGGUGCUUUGGGUGCUGACAUGUCUGCAGAUGAUGACAGCAAAAGUUCAGGAAAAGAUAAAGAGACUGCUACAACAGUGUUUGGAGCAAAUACCCCUAUUGUAUCCUGCACCUUUGGCAAAUCUUUUGUCUAUCAUCUUCGAUGCUACAUUUAUCAAGCACGACACCUAAAAGCACUGGACAAAGACAGCUUUUCAGAUCCAUAUGCUUAUGUGUCAUUCCUUCACCAAAGUAAAAAAACUGAGAUUGUUCAUGCCACUUUGAACCCAACUUGGGACCAAACGCUUCUAUUCAAUGACCUGGAAAUCUAUGGGGAUCCGCAGAUAAUAGCAAAGAACUUACCCGAUGUGGUUAUCGAACUUUUUGAUUAUGACCAAGUAGGUAAAGAUGAAUUUCUAGGAAGAAGCAUCUGCCCUCCUGUUCUAAAACUUAGUGGAACAACUGACAUAACUCCUAAAUUGCUCUGGUACCCUGUGCAAAAUGGGUCAAAGCAAGCUGGAGAUGUUCUGGUAGCUGCUGAGCUUAUACUGAAGACAAAGGCUGAUGGAUCUGAUUUACCAAUUGUCCCACCACAAAGAGCCCCCAAACUCUACAUGGUACCACAAGGCAUCAGGCCAGUUGUUCAGCUCACUGCUGUUGAGAUCCUUACAUGGGGUUUGAGAAACAUGAAACCAUAUCAGCUAGCAGCUGUUACUUCACCAAGUCUUAUUAUCCAGUGUGGUGGUGAGGUGGUUGAAACGGCGGUGAUUAAAAACGUUAAGAAAAAUCCAAACUUCCCAUCAUCUGUUCUCUUCAUGAAAGUGGUAAGAUGCCAGAUAUGUUGUAGUGUCUUGAAAGUACUGCCUAUGCCGUACGUUGUCACUGAGGAGUGUUUCCUAAAAGGCAGAGUCUUGCCUAUGCCGUACGUUGUCACUGAGGAGUGUUUCCUAAAAGGCAGAGUCUUGCCUAUGCUGUAUGUUGUCACUGAGGAGUGUUUCCUAAAAGGCAGAGUACUGCCUAUGCCAUACGUUGUCACUGAGGAGUGUUUCCUAAAAGGCAGAGUCUUGCCUAUGCCGUACGUUGUCACUGAGGAGUGUUUCCUAAAAGGCAGAGUCUUGCCUAUGCUGUAUGUUGUCACUGAGGAGUGUUUCCUAAAAGGCAGAGUACUGCCUAUGCCAUACAUUGUCACUGAGGAGUGUUUCCUAAAAGGCAGAGUACUGCAUAUGCCGUACGUUGUCACUGAGGAGUGUUUCCUAAAAGGCAGAGUCUUGCCUAUGCUGUAUGUUGUCACUGAGGAGUGUUUCCUAAAAGGCAGAGUACUGCCUAUGCCGUACGUUGUCACUGAGGAGUGUUUCCUAAAAGGCAGAGUACUGCCUAUGCCAUACGUUGUCACUGAGGUGUGUUUCCUAAAAGGCAGAGUCCUGCCUAUGCUGUAUGUUGUCACUGAGGAGUGUUUCCUAAAAGGCAGAGUACUGCCUAUGCCAUACAUUGUCGCUGAGGAGCAUUUCCUAAAAGGCAGAGUUCUGCCUAUGAUAUACAUUGUUGCUGAGGAGUGUUUCCUAAAAGGCAUAGUACUGCCUAUGCCUUACGUUGUAACUGAAGAGUGUUUCCUAAAAGGCCGAUUGGUAAGCAGUGUAUCAACAGCAGUCAGCAAAAUGACUUCUGCAGCAGUUCAACUUGCUGAAAAGGAGGAAGAGACAGUUGAUUGGUGGAGUAAGUUUUUUGCCUCGACUGGAGACCAUGACAAGUGUGGACAGUAUGUUCAGAAAGGAUAUGAUGGCCUUAAGGUUUAUGACUGUGAGUUGGAGGAUGUUCCAGAAUUUUAUGGUUUGACCGAUUUCUGCAAAACAUUCAAAUUGGAGAGAGGAAGAACUGAAGAUGAUGAGGAUGAUCCAUCAAUCGUGGGAGAGUUUAAAGGUUCUUUUAAAAUCUAUCCUCUACCUGAUGACCCUGGAAUGCCACCACCUCCUCGCCAGUUCAGAGAGUUACCAGACAGUGGACCUCAGGAAUGCAUAGUGCGCAUCUAUAUUGUCAGAGGUAUUGACCUGCAGCCAAAGGACAGUAAUGGCCUGUGUGAUCCUUAUGUGAAGAUAGUCCUGGGCAAGAAAGUAAUUGAAGACCGAGAUCACUAUAUCCCUAACACACUGAAUCCAGAGUUUGGCAGAAUGUAUGAACUUUCUUGCUUCUUGCCUCAAGAAAAAGAUCUGAAAAUUUCAGUAUUUGACUUUGAUAUGUUGACUCGUGAUGAAAAAGUGGGUGACACAGUCAUUGACUUAGAGAACAGAUUUCUUUCUCGCUUUGGAGCUACUUGUGGAGUACCUCAAAGUUACUGCACAACUGGUAUAAAUACAUGGCGAGAUCAGCUGAGGCCAACACAGCUGCUGCAGAAUUUAGCUAGGUUAAAAGGCGUCCCCCAACCUGCUUUCUUAGAUGAUGGAAACAGGAUUUCCUACGGAGGAAAAGAUUAUACCCUGAAUGAAUUUGAAGCCAACAAAAUUUUGCAUCCACAUCUUGGACCUCCAGAUGAGCGUCUGGCCCUUCAUGUAUUACGUACACAAGGUCUUGUACCAGAACAUGUGGAAACACGAACACUGUAUAGCUCUUUCCAGCCUAACCUUUCUCAGGGACGAAUUCAGAUGUGGGUUGAUGUGUUCCCAAAAAGUCUAGGCCCACCUGGUACUCCAUUUGACAUCGCUCCAAGGAAAGCCAAAAAGUAUGUGCUGCGUGUUAUUAUUUGGAACACAAGUGAUGUUAUCCUGCAAGAGAAAAGCAUUACAGGAGAAGAGAUGAGUGAUAUAUAUGUGAAAGGGUGGAUGCCAGGUUUUGAUGAUAAGCAGAAAACCGAUGUACAUUACAGAUCAUUGGGUGGGGAAGGAAACUUCAACUGGAGAUACGUUUUCCCUUUUGAAUAUCUUCCAGCAGAGCAGCUGUGUGUUGUUGCUAAAAAGGAACACUUUUGGAGUUUGGAUAAGACUGAAUUCAGGGUGCCCCCAAAAUUGCUUAUUCAGAUAUGGGACAAUGACAAAUUCUCUUUGGAUGACUACUUAGGUUACUUGGAACUUAAUUUGCAUAACAUAAUAGUUCCUACAAAAACUUCCUCAAAGUGCAACAUAGACAUGAUCCCAGAUGAUAAACAACCUGUCAAGCCCAAAAGCGUUACAAAUCUUUUUGAACAGAAGUCGAUUAAAGGAUGGUGGCCAUGCAUUGCAGAGAAAGAUGGCACCCGGAUUUUAGCAGGUAAAGUGGAAAUGACCCUGGAAAUUGUCACUGAAAAAGAAGCAGAGGAGCGACCUUCUGGCAAGGCAAGAGAUGAACCCAAUAUGAACCCCAAACUGGAUCCACCAAACCGACCAGAAACAUCUUUCCUGUGGUUCACAAACCCAUGCAAGACAAUGAAAUAUAUUGUGUGGCGCAAAUUUAAAUGGAUUUUCCUGGGCAUUAUACUCUUGCUAAUCGUUCUUCUGUUUGUUGGAGUGUUCCUAUAUUCAUUGCCGAAUUAUGUGUCAAUGAAAAUUAUUAAACCAGUGUGAGCUAAGAGUUGCCUUCAAGACGACCUGGAAAUCAGAAUUUGUUGAACAUUGUUAGAUUGAACUCUGCAAGCUACACUGUCCUGACUGCAGUGAUGUUGCCUUCCUCCAGGAAAAAAAAAAAAUCAAACAGAUUAAGAUUAAAGACUUUAACCAAGGUUAUUUGAGGUUCAUGGGGUCAUGAGUGGUGUUAAGCCAUUUUAUGUGUAUAUAUGUAUUACUGCUUCCAAAGACCUAUGUAAACUGUCUUAAGUCUUCCUUUAUUGUGUUUGCUGAAUAUAGUUAAGGUGACAGUUCAGUAUUUCUCAUUAAUGUGCCGUUUGUUGUAGUUUGUCUUUCAUAUUUGUUACAUUUCCCAUCGAUUGGAAAAUGAAGCACACUUUAUAUGUUGUCAUUUUCUUGCACAGCCGUCUGGAUGAUGAAAGAUUUAUAUAAAUAUAUAUAUAUAAAUAUGUAUGUAUGUAUUUUGCUGAGACAUUGUAAUACUUAGCAGAAAUGUCAUUGAAAAUCAAGAUCCUAAGACAUGCAUUAAAUAUUUUUGAAGUAAAUAUUA